GCCGACCUCACCCAAAAAAAUAUCUCCGCUCGCCCCCGAAGGAAUCCCGACGCAUCCCGCAAUCGGCCUCGACCCGAAACCCCGUCGCCUCGUCGCCCCUCAUUCCCCCGAGAAAAAGUCUCCGCUCGUCCGCUCCUCCGCCGCUCCUCCAAAUCGCCAUCGAUCCCCCGGCCUGCCGCUCAUCUUCUCCGGCCAGGCUCGCCCGCAGAUGCCCGCCCUCCACCCUGCAGACGCCCGCCCUCCACCCUGCAGCCCCCUCCUCCCGCUACCCUCCAGGCCCUGCCCGGCAGUCCGGCACCACCAAAUCCCAAUCGCCCCCAUGGAGGUCGCGAGCUCCCCGGUCGGUACAGGCUGAGCGCGGCUCCUCCCUCUACCUCGCGAGGUGGCCUUCACCGACGACCGACGACUGCCGACGCCGACCUCUCUCCAGCACGUGCGCCGCUUCUCCAAACCCUAGUUCAUCCACAUCGCCCACCACCGGCAACAGCCUGCAUCCGAGAUGGCUGAAUCUGUGGAGGAAGUUCCGGAUGUUGGUGCUAAAGCCAAGAAGACCGUGAAGGUGAUGACUUGGACCCCUCCUAUGUCAGCAUGCAUGAUGCGAUGUCUAGCCGGCAUAGCGGCGAAAGGUGUGAAGACAGACAAAGGAUUCAAAGAGAUACAUAUUACUCAAGCUGCAAAAGCUUUGACUAAACUUGUCGGUUACGAAGUGACUACCACCCAAGUGACCAAUCAUCUACGCAAGUGGAAGAUAAGGUAUCAACGAAUUGAAAAGUUGAGGGUAUUAAGCGGGGCACUUUGGGAUGAUGAUAAAAAAAUGAUUCUUCUAGACGAGCAACAUUAUUUGGGCCACACUCAGGACACUCCUAAGGAUGCUGAAUUUCUGAACACACCACUUGUCAACUUCGAGUAUAUGGAAGCUUGCUUUGCCGAUAAGCUAGCAACAGGAAAGUUUGCAAUGGGGUCAAAUGAGCCUUUGGGGAAACCCGUUGAGGUAGAGUGUCCAGAGAAUACUAUUGAUUUGGAGGGCCAAGACACAAGUGGUGAAGGUUUUGUGGGAGGUCAAGCCAACUUUCAAUCUGGUGUUCAAGGCGUUGGGACAACUACUCCUUCACCACCUUCGAGCUCAAAUAAGAAGAGGAAGAGGACCUCUGUUUUGUGUGAGGAAGAUAAAAUUCAGGUAAACAACAUGUCUGAUGCAUUGCGUCAUGUGGCUGUGGCUAUCAAUAACACAUGCCAUACCGAAACACAUCCAGAUCUGUAUCAGGCUGUUAUGGACCUUACUGGUUGUGAUAUGGAUCAAAAGUUGGCUGUUCUGGAUUAUUUGACGGAGCAUAAGGGUCAAGGUCUUAAUUUCGUCAAGAUGGAAGCUGAAGUUCGUCAAGCUGCGUUCAAGCGUAUCAUAGCCAAAAAUCCCGAUCUUGUUUGACUUGAUGUUCAUGCGACUAGAAAAACUAUCUAUGCUGUAAUGGUAAUUAUAACUUAUGGAUAUCUAUUUUAUGCAAUAUGGAUCAGUAGGUAGCAUGUAUGCAUGCAGACUUGGUGAUAUAAAGUUAUUUUGGAA